AUUCACCGACGCGCUUAUCUGUUCCAUUAACGAAUCUCCUCUCCAAACCUCAAAAUCCUGCAACCUCAGAUCCGUAACCAACCCACAAAAAGUAAAACCGAAGAACAAUUCAUUCGCCUUCCCCAGCAUCGUGUGCAUUGCUAACUAAUCUUCCAUUUCAUCGUAGAAGUAAUAUCUCGGGAAUCGUCGUGUUGUCUCGUGGCGUUAUACACGGAACCUGGUUGCCAUGUCGCUGGCAGGUCCGCAGGUGGACCAGCUGAACCAGCUGCAGGAGAUAUUCGCACGGUUCGACAUGGACUCAGACGGGAGCCUCACGAUCCUCGAGCUAGCCGCCCUUCUCCGUUCGCUCGGGCUGAAGCCGUCUGGGGACCAGAUCCACACGCUCCUUACGAGCGUGGAUGCGAAUGGGAACGGACUCGUGGAAUUCGAUGAGCUCCUCAAGGUCAUCCUCCCGGAUGUCAAUGAGGAGGUCCUCAUGAACCAGGAGCAGCUCAUGGGGGUCUUCCAUUCGUUCGACCGGGAUGGGAAUGGCUUCAUCACGCCUGCUGAGCUGGCCGGCGCAAUGGCCAAGAUGGGCCAGCCCCUGACAUACCGUGAGCUCCGGGAGAUGAUCAAGGAAGCCGAUGAGGAUGGCGACGGUGUCAUCAGCUUCCAUGAGUUCGCAUCCGUAAUGGCCAAGUCUGCCUGCGACAUUUUUGGUAUCGCCUUUUCGUAAUAUUGUAAUCAAAUUGAUCGAUGUACGUAUAUUUCGGAGAUCAAAUGUAAUUAGGAAUCAAAUCUGCUGUCUCUCAGAUUAAUUAACCUCGAUAGCACGGUCUAUUCAAAUCCGAGACUAAAUUGUAAUUUAUUAGAUGGUCAGACUCUGCAUUAUCAUGUUCUUUUGUGCAAGUACAAUGGCUCUUUUUAUGAA